AAAAGGUGAGUUGGAACUCUGCAAACAUUUAUUCCCGUUAAGUUCUCGUAGCAUUCACACCUGCACCGCAACAUGAUCUGUAAUAAACUCUUGGGAGUUCUCUUGUUGUGCUUAGUGCACGAUUGUCUAAGCAAACCGACGACUGAACAUGACCCGUUUCGGGGUCGUGGGAUCGGGUCGACUAUAUGGGGAUGGAUAACUUACCCGUUCACAUGGUGGAGUUCAGGUGAACCGGAAUUAGCUCCGGGUAGCGAUCAAUUACUCGCUAUAGGACCAGACAACAUUAUAGAAAUCGGUAAACAUAACGUUACAAUAUGGUGCAAUGAUCAAACUUGCACAACUAUGAAAUGCGACAGAAUCAGUUGCAGAAACGUUACCUGUAAUAUUUAUGACACCGACAUUACCGGAGAGUGUAGAGAAUACAAUACAAUAACGCCCGCAGAUACGUCGAGACCUACAGAGGUUAACACUAAGCCAGAAAACGAUCUGUCAACGUUGAAGCCUACAACAACAAUAAUAAUAUCGACCCUACAACCCUCGUCUGUGCCAAUUGCUAGUGGACUUGAAGAAGUUAAUUCCACGGUCGAAGAACGACCCUUAGAAUUGGAAGCUGUUUUAUCGUCUACAGUUAUGGGAACCGAUAAUUUGGGCAGUAAAGAUUAACAGCGCUGCAACUGAUCAAAUUCCAAAAUUUCUUUAUCGAGAUCUUUAUUUUUCAAUCGAAUGGAUACAAUGAUUUAUAACUAUCUCAACGGACUACUGGAAGACUACGCAACAGAACUUAUGAACAGACUGAUUGAUAAUUUGAAAUUAGAAGCAACAUGUAUAUCUGGAGAAUGUUACUACAGAAACUGCGAUGGAAGAGAUUGCAAAAUUCAGUACUGCAAGUACAAAUUGCUGACAAACGACCAUGAAUGUUAUUCGAAUAAGUCAGACCUCUUCAAAUUGGAGCUAAUUACAAAUAACAUAUUUCAUAUUAAUAAUGAUAUAAAUACCGAAAAUAAUGAAAUAGAACUUUUCAAUAAAAUUCGGAAUAAAUAAUGAAUGUUUACGAUUAAUAUAAUGUUUUCGCGUUUAUCAUUAAACUAAUUUUAAUUUUAUCGUAUAGCUUAAAAUCAGAUAUUUAAUCAUUAUUAUGUAAUUUACUAAAACAAUAAAUGAAUUAACUGAAA